AAACUAGAUACACCACGCGUGACCGAGGACACGCGUAAGACGCUUAGCUAACUCUCUCUCUCUGAUACUAAACGUGGUGUAUCUUCAAUUCCCUUUCAGAAGACGAGUUCGGCAUUUUUCAUUCAUUGUCUCGUCUUUUUAACAACUCCAUAACGAAAAAAGGUACCGUUCUCAUUGUUAUCGUCCAUCAAUGGCUAUGGUAGAAGAACCCAUCCUCUCAAGACUCGACCGUAUAGAUGUCAUGGUGAGGAAGCUAGAAGAGAUGAAAGGAAGCUCACCUAGAAGCUCCAGCCCAUCGACUCCAUCGAGUGGGACUCAGCCAUCUUCAUUGGAUCUUUCAUCACCGAGGAGCACAGGUGGGAAGCAAGUUCAGUGCCGUUCGAUGGAGCAAGUGAUGGAAGAGACUGAGAGAAAAGGGACCUUGCUAGAGAGACUAAACAAUGUGGAGGAGCAAGUUCUCAAGCUGUGUUUAAAGUUGGAGGAAGAGUUUGAAGAAGAGAGUAAGGGAGAUGAUAAUUCAAAGAGAACGAAGAAGAAGAAGAAGGGGUUGAGGAAGUUGGUAGAGAAAGUUGUACUUGGAUCUUCUUCUCCGACCAAAAGCCCUUCCAAGAGAUGGCAUUGCUGAGCCUUUUUUUCUAUUACUCUGUUUUUCCUCCAUUAUCCAUGUAUGUAUAAAAGCUUUUCUUCUUUUUUUCUAUGAUGAAAGGCUCAAAUUUUAAUCGUUU